AUUUUUUCCAUCUCUAUCAGUAUUUUUCCCCUUCCCAUUUGCAUCACCUCCUCUCUCUCUCUCUCUCUCUCUCUCUCUCUCCACUAUCGCGAGAGUCUCAUCAGACUCUGCCCUCUCCUCGAUUCCCCUAAAAUCGGUUUAUGAGCUCGAAGGAGAAACCCACUCUUGGUGGCACGCGGAUUAAGACCCGCAAACGGAAUAUUGCUGCGCCGCUGGACCCUGCGGCAUUUUCGGAUGCAGUGGUCCAGAUUUAUUUGGAUAAUGCUGGUGAUCUGGAACUUGUCGCGAAGAAUAUUGAAUCUUCUGACCUUAAUUUCUCAAGAUACGGUGACACAUUUUUCGAGGUGGUCUUCAGAGGGGCUCGUACACAACCUGGCACAAUCAAGCUUGAUGAGGGGGAGUGCCAUCCUUACUCUAUAUUUGACUGUGAGCCUAAGCGCGAAGUAAUUUUGCCAUCUGUGUUAUAUAUACAGAAGAUUUUGAGGAGAAGGCCUUUUCUUAUAAAGAACCUUGAAAAUGUUAUGCAAAAAUUCUUGCAAUCUUUGGAGCUUUUUGAAGAAGAUGAAAGGAAGAAGCUUGCAAUUUUCACCGCACUUGCAUUUUCCCAGAAGUUGUCUGGUCUUCCACCUGAGACUGUACUCCAGCCACUGCUCAAAGAUAACCUUGUUGCCAAAGGGCUAGUUCUCUCAUUUGUCACUGAUUUUUUCAGGGAAUAUCUGGUUGAUAAUAGCCUUGAUGACCUCAUUUCAAUUCUGAAGCGGGGUAAAAUGGAGGACAAUCUUCAGGACUUUUUUCCAUCUGCAAAGCGGACACCUGAAGCUAUAUCUGAACAUUUCACCAAGGAAGGGCUUCUACCAUUGGUUGAGUACAAUGAGAAGAAAAUAUUUGAGGUGAAGCUUAAGGAAAUGAAAGCUGCAAUAACAAGUCAGAUAGCAGAAGAAGCUGACGUAGCUGAAGUAAUAGAAACUGUUAAACAACAUGUAAAAGAAGCUAAAUUUCCAGAUAUUGAGGUUGUGAGGAUUCUUUGGGAUGUUCUGAUGGAUGCUGUGCAAUGGUCUGGAAAAAAUCAGCAGCAGAAUGCUAAUUCAGCUCUGCGUCAGGUAAAAGCCUGGGCUGAGUUGCUGAAUGCCUUCUGCACCACUGGAAAGCUUGAGCUUGAACUUAUGUACAAAGUUCAGAUCCAGUGCUAUGAAGAUGCUAAAUUGAUGAAAUUGUUUCCUGAAAUAAUAAGGUCACUUUAUGAUCAGGAUGUCCUUGCUGAAGAUACUAUUCUUCACUGGUUCCGUAAAGGAACAAACCCUAAGGGCAGGCAAACUUUUGUGAAGUCAUUGGAAGCGUUUGUAAAAUGGCUUGAAGAGGCAGAGGAAGAAGAAUAAGUUGGUGACUGAUGCUAUUUUAUCUGCCUUGCCCCAUUGCUUGUAAACCCUCCCCUUAUUUUGCUUUGGUUAUGUCUUACAUCAAGUGGUUGAAUAUUUUGGGCAUUGGACAUGGGGUGAUGAUGGAUGUUGUUUAACACUAGUUACUUGGUUGUGUAAUGAUGCUCCUUAUUUGUUUUGAGAUUCAGUAUGAAACAAUCUUUCCUUAAACCUA